AUGUAUGACAGACCAAAGUUUCCUCUUCCUGGUGAACAGAACAACUUGUUAGACACUAUGUCUACUACUACGACAGAAUACCAACCUUUGCCGUUAAAUUUGGUAUCUUCCAUAGACCCUAGAGGUAUAUUGCCACCCAAGAUACAUGCUUUGUCUCCACCUUCAAGCACGUUAACUUUAUCAAGAGGUUUUCCUAUCCCAACCAAUAAAUUCUAUGGCAAUUUACUACUACCCAACGGUCAGGAGUUGCCAUUAUGGGUCCAUCCCUAUUCUUUAUGGUAUAGUAAACACGAUAACUCUAUCUGUGUAUCCUAUAUUUCUGCUCAUCAAAGAGUUUUCGACAGGGACAAUUUCCCGCCACAGUUUUACUUUAAUCCGGUUGGAAUUAAGUCAAUUAUGUUUUCAACUACUCUUACCGUCUCUACUUCUAUAUCCGUUCACAAUUUAACCCAUAUGGCCUGCCAGUUGGAUCUAAUCGGGUCUCACAAUCAAAUGCCAUUAAUACAGUUUCCACUGGUCCAAGGUACAGGUCUAAUAACCGCACUAUAUAAGUUCUACCCCAAUCAAUCAUCAAAGAUAUGUGUCAAGUCUAUGGUGGGUUUUAGAUCGUUUGUUAGAGAAACUCCACAAAGAUAUAAAAUUGUUUUAAAUGAUAAUAAGUUAUGGUUCUUGUAUUGCAACGAUCAGUCAUUAGAAUUGCUUAUGCAAGAUCCCCAAACCAUAGUAUCCAAUCGCGGAAUAAGAAAGGACACCACAAUACAAGUUACUGUUUGGGAAAGUGAUCCCAAUUCUAUUUCUUUACUCGAUCAAGUCGCUGGAUUUUACCCUAUAUCUUGUCAAAUCUCACUAUUAACAAAAUUAUCAUCAUCAUCAUCAUCAACAACAAGUUCCUUCGAUUUAUCUGGUUAUUCUUUUAUAUAUUCAAUCAGUGGUGAAUCAAUGUUGAAUCCAUUAUGUCAUCCUGUACCCCCUAAAUGCUUUAUCUAUGCUUUACCGCACCAUAUGAAUCGUAUCUCUGAAACGUUUUUAUCCAAAUACAGGAUCCCCUCGUACUUGAAUUCUACUGUAUCUGGUACAAUGACUGGAUUUAUUACUGAUCGAUUAGAUAUGAAUAAUGAUAAUUAUGUACACGAUUUGGAUUUAAUGAAAUCAAUGUCCUUUCACCCAAUGGGGUUUGGAAACAAUCCACCAAUAAUAACUGACAAUGAAAUUUUACAACUGAUACAUAAUGUAGCAACCCAAGAAAUAUCACAAUGUGAUAUCUUGUCUGAAUCCAAUUUAGAUUCGAUGUAUUUUUCUGGCAAAUGUUUAGCCAAAUAUGCAUGGAUCUUGUAUUCAACUUGUUUUAUUAUAAAGGAUCUAGACUUAACAAAGAAACUUUUAAAAAUGUUACAAACAGCAUUUAGUAGAUUUAUCUCAAAUAAUCAAAUAAUACCAUUAAAUUAUGAUACAACAUGGAAAGGUGUUAUAUCUUCUACAAAUGAACCAAUGAAAGACUUCGGUAAUUCUUAUUAUAAUGAUCACCAUUUCCAUUAUGGAUAUUUUGUUAUGACUGGUGCAAUCAUUAUUAAAGUAGAACAGUUUAUUUAUGGGAAUUCUCCAUGGUACCAGGAUAUGAAUAAUCGAAAUUGGAUCGAAUUGCUAAUUAGAGACUAUAACAAUCCAUCACUUAAUGAUCCAUGGUUCCCUCAAUUUAGAUCCUUUGAUUGGUUUAAUGGCCAUUCCUGGGCUAAGGGUCUCUUUGAAAGUAGUGAUGGUAAAGAUGAAGAAUCAAGUUCAGAAGACGUAAUGUCGAUAUAUGCAAUUAAAUUAUGGGCUAAUGCCACAUCAAAUAACAACCUUGAACUAAUUACAAACUUGCAAUUAACAAUUUUGAAAGAUUCCAUAAACCAUUAUUUCAUUUAUGAUGAUUCAAAUGUGACUGAACCUCCACAAUUUAUUUUAAAUAAAUGUAGUGGAAUCCUCUUUGAAAAUAAGAUUCAUCAUACCACCUAUUUUGGUAAUAACCUUGAAUAUAUUCAAAUGAUCCAUGCUAUUCCAAUAUUACCUAUAUCAACCUUUAUAAGAUCGUCUACUUUUGUUCAACAAGAAUGGGAUCAAUUAUUAAAAAAUAUUGUGGAUAAACUAAAUGAUGGUUGGAAGGGAAUUAUUAUGCUAAAUAUGGCCCUAUGUGAUCCGAUCCUAGCAUAUUCAUUUUUCUCUAAUCCUCAAUUCGAUAAAAAAUAUUUAGAUGGGGGACAAAGUUUAACAUGGUCCUUAUCAUAUUGUGCAUGUUUAUCCUUACUCUUACAAGAACAAUAA